UGUUUCAAAGCGACUUGUCGGUACUGUUCUGUGGACUGGUGGACUUAACACUGUGUCCCGUUUUCUCAUAAAAGAUCAAGAUUCUCUGAGUUGAGCCUGCUCUCUAAGACAACUAGCUCUCCACCCUACUUCCUUCCAUUGCUAGAUUGACCGGAGGUUGAGCUGCCAAGCGAUUGCCUCCCAGUGCAAGGCUUUAUUUUAAAGGCAAGUGAGACUGCUUCAAAUAAAGCAACUCUAAGCUUCCAAGAAACUGUUAAGAGAGGGCAGAGACAAGCAGAAACACUUCGCUGACACUCACACAGUUGCCAUGGACCUACAUAAACAGUGGGAGAACACAGAGAGUAACUGGCAUAAGGAAAAGAUGGAAUUACUGGACCAGUUUGACAAUGAAAGAAAGGAAUGGGAAAGUCAAUGGAAGAUCAUGCAGAAGAAGAUAGAAGAGCUUUGUCAGGAAGUCAAGCUUCGGAGGAAGAUCAACAUGAAUGAACAUUCUGAGCUUAUUGAUCUUGAUCGUGAGAAGGCCACUCAAGAUAAAAUGUUGGAACCUCCUUCCAAUUAUCCCAAUUCAGGACAAUGUGAAUUUACAGGGAUGAAUCACAGGGAUGGUCCAGAAAAAGAAAAUAAAAUAGAGCAGAGCUUUCUCAGUGAAGGAAAUCAAGUGUGUAAGGAACAAAAAGCAACAAUAAAAGCUAAAGUAGUGUUAAUGGAUCCUUUGGCCACUGACAACCAAAAGGAAUAUGAGGCCUGGCCUGGCCUGAGGACUUCUGAGGAAGAGAGGAAGAGCAGUUCUGGUGCCCUUAACACAGCUCUUGAAGAACUUGCCAAGGUUAGUGAAGAAUUAUGCAGUUUUCAAGAGGAAAUUCAAAAGCGGUCUAACCACAGAAGAAUGAAGUCAGACUCUUUUCUCCAGGAAAUGCCAAAUAUAAUUGGUACACCUCAUGGGGACCACUUGAUCAACAAUGCCCAGUGCAUUCUUCCAGUCAACUUAGAAAAAGAUGAAAAGAAAAAUAGAAAAAAUGUUAUUUAUACCAAAGUGCUCCAAAGCAAUUCCAUGAAAAAAUGUGGAAUUCAUACAAUUGAUAUGCAAAGAAAUGAAACCCCACCAAUUCCUCCUCUAAGAAGCACCUCUCGAAAUUUUCCCAGCUCAUGUUCUGCACAAGAUCAAAAAAGAUUGAAGGAAAGUUUAGAGCACUCCCAUAAGGGCCAAGGUGAAAGGAAUUUCAAUCCUCAUUCAUUUUUGAAGCAGCCUACAUUGUGUCCAGAUGAAGACAAGACUUUGAAAGACAGUACAAUGUUUUCCUCUUUGACCCCAGAAGUCAAAACAGAUAGCAAGCCUCCAGGUAAUGAAGGUGUUGGACUUGCCAUGUGGUCACGUGACAUUGGGGUAGGUACCACAAAAAACCCCUCUACUUUGUGGUUUCAAAAAACCAGUUCUAUUUCCAAUAACCCCAAAUUUGAAAAUGUGAUUCCGGAUCACCCUGUUAAAUCUCAUGCUAAUCUUCAUGUAAGCAGCAACUGUAGUUCCAAAGUGACACAGAGCAGUGGCCCACUUAAAAGUCUCAGUGGUGGCUUUGAAAGGACUACAAAGAAUGAAAAGCUGGCAGCAAAGACUGAUGAAUUUAACAGAACAGUAUUUAGAACAGACAGAUAUUGUCAUGUAGUACAGCAAAGUCAAAGCUACUCAAAGUCAUCUGAGGAUGUUAAUGUCUGUGAUACCUUAAUUACUAAUGUAAGUAACAUAUCAGAAAGUAACAAUGUGACUGCUGUCCUGAAAAUCACUGACCACAUGCCUGUGCCCAUGGGGAAUAUGUUCAAUAAUCCCACAAAGAAAUCUACAAUAGGCCUCAUCAGACAAACACAGGAACUUUUAAGUCCUAGAAGUUAUCGAAAUAUGUUCCACGAACAUGACUGGAAACCAAGCAAUUUGUCUGGCCGACCAAGGUCAGCUGAUCCAAGGUCAAAUUACGGUGUUGUGGAAAAGCUGCUGAAAAACUAUGAGACAUCAACAGGGUCUGCAUUGCAAAACUCUAAAUGCUUCCAGGAUAACUGGACCAAAUGUAAUUCUGAUGUCAGUGGUAGUGCCACAUUAAGUCAGCAUUUAGAAACUCGUCAAACGGAGCAAGAGUUUCAGCCAAAGACAGCUUUGUAUGGGAGACAGCAAGUGAAGCAAAGAAUAGAUGGGAAAAAGAUAACAGAGGAAUCCAUGUUAGUGAAAACCUCAAAUGGAAAAGGAUUUUCUCGACCUGCGAGACCAGCAAAUCGUCGGCUCCCAUCCAGAUGGGCAUCCAGAUCUCCAUCAGCACCCCCUACCUUGCGGAGGACGGCCCACAGCUGUAGCGUUUCUCUGCGAUCCGAAGCGUCGAUGGUCUAAGUCUCUAGCCUGGAUUAUUAGAUUAUAAAAGUACUAGUCCAAGUUGCCAAACUGAACAUUGUGAGUGUUUUUGACCCAUCCUGUUUUCUUCUGUAUCUUUCAAGAUCCCUGGGAGAAGCAAUUUCAAUCUUACCUUUCCAUCAGUCUUCAGUGUUUUUAAACUACGGAAUAAUUAUCUCCUUGUUAUUUUGCUUUCUUAGAUCAGAACUUUUUAGUGCCAUCCUCAUUAAUUUUCUAUAAUAUGAUUUAUGUUGAAACGAUGUACAAUAUUGUAUAUUUAACUUUCUUGCAAGUGGCAGAAAGCAAGGUGACGUGCAUGCCAUGUGUUUGUAAGUGCAUGUGUUAUAACGAGUAUUCCAGUAAGUAUUUAGAUAAGAAAACCUUCUGUGCUAGUGCUAACUUUGAAAUUAUAACAUGUAUACCUAUAUAUUCUUUGUGUUUAUUUACAAGUUUUGAAAAGAUACAGGACUAUUUAUAUUUUGUAUACCUUUUAAUAGGUAUUCACCUAAAGCAUCUGAGGUUCAUAUAUUAAUUAACCAGUUCCUUGGCUCAUAACUACAUUGAAAAAUAAGAAUUAUACACAUAUCUAACAUUAGUAGUUUUCUAAACACAGCUUAUAAAUAGCCUCUUAACCUACAUGAGGAUAAACUAAUACCAUUGAUUUUCUUUUAAAUAAAAAUGCAACAAGUUUAACAGAUCAGCCUUUUAAAAGUAAGCAUAAAAUAUCCAUAAAUGCUGUUAUAUAUCAUUGGGUAGUCUCAAGUGGUUUUACCUGUAUACUUGAUCCUCAGAGCUAGUGUCAUAAGAUUGCCUUAUGAAUGACAGGACUAAAUAAUGAAUUGUUAAUUUUGUCAACCUCAGUCACAAACAUUCCUUACAUGGGAUGCAAAAAGAAAUUAAAUUAUGCUCAAUUUCACUUUUUGUUAAAAUUAUGAUAAGAUUUUAAUUUAUCUGGUUUAUCUGGAGCCAUACAUGUUUAGAGGUAAGUCAUUUUUUUGUUUCUUUUUCUAACAUUUCUCUGUAAAAUUAGUAGAUAAAAGACUAAUUCAUUUUUUUUAUUAAUGAGGAAGAUCAGGAAAAAUAUUUCAUUGAGAGCAGAAUUAUAUUUCUUAUAGUGUGCUACAAAAUAAGGCCCUAAAUUGAAUAUUGGCAUACACACUAGUAUGAGAAACAGAAAUGUUUGUAUGUAUGUAUAUAAAAGGCUAAAAUUUGCAAACAGUGAACACGUGAAAUCUAUGUUGAGAACUGGCAGAAAUAGUAAUGUUGAGGUGCUUGGAAUUCUACAUAGACUAUCUUAGAAGCAGCAUUGUUUUCCACUGUCUCUAUUUAAAACCAAUUAUGAUAUGUUAUUAGACAUUAAUUCUAUUUCAGUUUUUCUUUUACUACCACAAAAGGUUAAGAAAUUCUCAUGACAAAUGUCUUCAGAGAGACUUCUCCUAUUACUUUCUAAGUACUUAGAGGAAUUCACUUUAUUAUACCACACUCUGAGGUAAAGUAAAUAAUUUGCAAAUUGCAAACUGCCUUAAAAAUCUCAUAAUAAUGACUAGAUUCAUGCUUUACAAUAAAGAGAGUUCCAACAGUUAAGCUGAAUUAAACUUCUGGAAUAUGAAUUUGGAUCAGGUGGUAAGUAAGGACUGUAGAUCCACUCUUCUAAUUCUUGUUUCUUUCAGGGAAUAUCUUUUCCCACAAUAAAUCUAUCAAUCAAAGAAAAGUAACCUAGAUACAAAGUGAUACCACUUUAAUUAUGUGCUUUUGCAGUGAAGGGGAGAAAACACAGGGAAGGUGAUACCUGGGGUCAUGAAAUGAUGGACCUUUUAGGAAAAUGUUGCCAUGGACAGUGAUGCUCAAAGAUUGUACUGUGUAUGUUCCUCACCACCCCAAGCUGUCUGAUGUGAUCUGUGGUCCCUUCCUUUACCUACAAAUCAGAAUAUUUGAGGAUCUCUUUAAAAAGUCAAAUUCUGAUCUCAUCACAUAAUUGCUGAAGCAAAAUUUCCAAUGUUGAGGAAUGGAAUUCUGAGAGUUUUUAAUGAAACAAAAUAAAGAAAAAUGCAAAAUUGUUGCUGAGCAGGGGGAUUUUGAAGCAGUGGCAUGAAUUCAUACCUGACUAGGUGAGUAUCCUCAGAUAGUGAUUUUCUUGCCUGGGACUUGCCUUUGUUAUCUAUAAGUGAAAAAAGAUACAUUGAAAGACUUUACGAUUUUAAGCCACUUUUUCUAUUAUCAUUUGAAUGAACCAGUGGGACCAUUUUAACAUCUUAUAUUGACUAAAAUAAUAAAAUAUUAGAACUGAAAUUAUAAUUAGCUUCUAAUCCAAAUCCCUGAUUAUAAAACUGAAGAAAUGAAAAGAUUGGAGUAUUCUGUGUUGUCUUUUAAAAUAUUUUAUAAUUUUUUAUGGAAAAGUCUAUCAGGUAAAUGGAAAUUAUCCUUGAAAAAUAUUUUUUGAAGU